AUGACCGGCGCUGUGGUUCAGUUUCUGGAAGGAGAACUUCUCAUAGUGUGUUUGUAUUCCAAUCCAGGUGGACGCUUUGCCUCAAGGGAAAAAAUGAGCCUUCUAAAGAACUGCCGAAGUUUUCUGUCAAACUUUUUCUUCAUUCCAGUGGGCAUGUUGCAGCGAAAUUCCAAUAUGACCAGGUUAUGGAUGUUCCCGCUUUCUUCCUUGUCCGAAGCAGAGAAGGUUCUAGGAGAAAUAUCUAAUUAUAAAGUUCAGUUGGAGGCGGUAAAAGCCAAAAUCAAGUCUGCUAAAUCAAAAGAUGAGUCUGAAUCUCUUAAAUUUACUCAAAAGAAACUGAUUAACAAGGCAGGUUGCAAGUUUCUUAUAUUUGCGCACCAUCAGCCAAUGAUAGAUGCGAUACAUGAGUGCCUUCUUAAGAAAAAAGUGGGUUGCAUCUGGAUUGAUGGAGGUACACCCGCUGCAUCAAGGCAACAAUUGGUUACAGAUUUCCAGGAAAAGGAUUAUAUCAAGGCAGCUGUACUAUCCAUUAAAGCGGGAGGAGUUGGAUUAACUUUAACUGCUGCAAGCACAGUUAUCUUUACAGAACAAUCCUGGACUCCAGGUGACCUAAUUCAGGCCAAAGAUCGUGCAUAUAGAAUUGGUCAGGGAUGUGGUGCAAUUCAAACCGGAUAAUUUGGGGGCAGAUGUUAGAUGCCCAUGAGAACACCUUAGCUGUGUCAAAUAAUCAGCCAUUGAGUAUCCCUCCAAAGCAUACUACUAUUGGGCAUAGCCCUUCAAAGCAGAGAACUCUUGACCAGUUUGUCAGAAGAUGUGAUAACGUGGAUAGGUCGGAAGUCGGAACAUCAUCCUGACCGGAAACGGCCCUCUCGGUCAUGACUUGUGAGAUAUGCAAAAUGGAUUUCUAUUUUCACAGAUACAUGGCCAGUGGCAAGUGAAUAGGAACUUAAAUGUUGAUGUCUACAUGCAGAAGUUUCCCUGUAGUAUUAACCAGAUGUGCUUACAUGGGGAAUUCACCUUUGAUGACACAAAUGCCGUUUUGAAGCUGAAAUCCAUUGUACAACAAAUAAUAGAUUGAGUAUAACUGGCUACACUAAACUAUGUUACCUGUACUGGAGAUAAUGGUUUGAAUAUGUGAAAUAUGUAUUGGAAGAAAAUGUUGAUAAAGUCACCCAUUAGAUUUUAGGUUUCCACUUCUUGUUCUUAACUUUUUGCUCCCCUAUGUUUUGUUUUAGUUUGGGGCUCUGUACAGAGUAUGACAUCAUAUAUGAAGUUAUGAACGAGACUUGUAAAUUUCUUUACUCCA